CUACGAGCUGGAAGUUUAAAUGGUCGCACGGUACAAACUGUGUUUACAGUCGUCAUUUUUGUAAAUAGUUGUAUUGUAAACAAACAAAUCAAAAUGGACAAACAACCCACGAUGGAGGACUAUGCGAAGAUCGAGAAAAUCGGAGAAGGCACGUACGGUGUGGUUUACAAGGGACGCUGCAAGAAGGACGGCACCAUUGUGGCGCUAAAGAAGAUUCGUCUUGAAAGUGAGGAGGAAGGAGUUCCAAGCACUGCCAUCAGAGAGAUCUCCCUCCUCAAGGAGCUACAACACCCAAACAUUGUCAACUUGAGCAACGUCUUGAUGCAAGAGAGCAGGUUGUACUUGGUCUUUGAAUUCCUUAAAAUGGACCUGAAGAAAUACAUGGAGACGCUACGAGGCACCGUCAUGGACCCCGCUCUUGUCAAGAGCUACCUCCACCAGAUAGUACAGGGCAUCCUCUUCUGCCACUGCCGUCGGGUCCUUCACAGAGAUCUCAAACCGCAGAAUCUUCUCAUCAACGAGAAAGGUAUCAUUAAGCUGGCAGACUUUGGGCUAGCGAGGGCGUUUGGCAUCCCUGUCAGAGUAUACACGCACGAGGUGGUGACCCUAUGGUACAGGGCCCCCGAGGUGCUAUUGGGUUGCCCGCGGUACUCUACACCUGUUGAUGUCUGGAGCAUAGGGUGCAUCUUUGCCGAGAUGGUCACAAAGAGACCAUUGUUCCACGGAGACUCAGAGAUUGAUCAACUCUUUAGAAUAUUCAGAACUCUAGGAACUCCGACUGAUAAGACAUGGCCUGGAGUCACGGAGCUCCCCGACUACAAACCGACCUUCCCCAACUGGAGCACCAAUAAUCUUGCCAAGUCGGUCAAGACGCUUGACCCACAGGGUCUGGAUCUCCUGCAGAAAAUGCUGAUCUACGACCCAUCAAAGAGAAUCUCCUGCAAGGCAGCGCUUACUCACCCGUACCUCCGAGAUUACGACAGCACCGUAAUGCCGGCAAGACUUGGUCAGUGAAGCUGUCCCAUCCCAAUGCAAUCACAAUAGAGCUAACUUCACAAGAGUUCACUAAUAAUAUGCUAAGCACAGAAACAUUUUCCAAAGUUGAAAUGAGUUUUACAAGUAAAAAUACCAUGUAUGUUUGCAACUUGUACCAUGCUAAUUCAGCUAAACAGAUACUUUCUUCUGCUUAGCAGCUCUUGUGAGAUUGGAUCGAAGUCAUGAAGCGUUGUACAUAACGGACUGUAUAUGAUUUGUACAUAUCCUCUUGUUUAUUUGUAUUCGUUGCAGAAAUCAUUAGCAAAAUUUAAAGUGAAAUAUUGUUGCGUGUGUAGUUUUUGUAUGAAUAGUGUUUGUUGAUUUUCCUAAAAAGAUGCAUAAAAGAGGGGGGUAGGGGGAAUGCUAAGAAUCCUCUGAAUGAAAAUUGGCGUCGAAGGCGCAGCGACUAUUUUGCUUUUUUUCUAAAAUGGGGUUACUCGGGAGCACUAUGCAUCAAGUGUGCUUUUAUUUCUGAACUUGCUUAAAACAAUUGAUACAUUUGUAGAGAAUUGUGUUAAAAAAUCAAUGAAACUAUCACUAUUUUGCUGGAACCAUAUUAUGUCUGGUAGUUUAAAGUAUAAUUCAUUAUCAUAGGUAGCAAAAGACUAGGGUUACACCCCAAAGAUGCAUUACUUGAUACAGUUAGAUCCUUCUCAGAUUAUUUCACUAUUUUAUCGCUCAUGUACGAGUCCCUAAUGUCAUAACAUACACACACACCGAAAGCACUGUGUGGCAGUCUCUGUUAAAGCCAUAUUGUUUUUCAAGAACGAGUUCAGUUUGAAUUUGCAAACUAUUAUUGUGACUCCAAAUUAAUUCAGUAAGAGUAGGCUUAUAGAUAUUCAUAUUAUUUACCAUGAUAUUAAAAAUUGAAUUUGAAAUCGUGGAGUUUUUCAAACGUCCUAACUAUUGUUAAGUUAAAUGUGUAUUGUAGUUAAAUAUUUAGGUAUACAAUUCAUCUGGAGAAAAUUCAAUUUCAUGGUUGUGGUUUCAGGGUCGAGUAGUUGCCUACAGAAAUCAUAAUACACUGUACACGUACAGGGAACUUGUUGCUCUCCAACACAACAAUUAAGUAUAUGUUUAGUAACGACUUAUUAGAUCCUACCGAGAUAAUGUACAGUUCAACACUACACUAAACCUGUACUAUAUAGGGCAAAUGUACAGAACAACAUCAAGAAAUAAACAAACGAAAAAUGUA